AUGCGCUCGUUUUUCAACAAGCCCGCAUGGGCUGUCACUGGCGAGGAACCUAAUGCGCCCGAGUUUUACCGAAGAUCAAAACAAACUUACAAUGACAUUAUAGCUGCAAACCGCCAGCAGUAUCGCGACGCUGUAGCUAAGUCCACUUCUCAAGCCGACCGCGAUUUUGAUAAAUCCCUUAAGCGUCGGCGAAUUUCACAGGAAAAUGUCACAUCAACGGCUCAUUCUUUCACGGCAGAUCCAUCCGACUGCGAUGCCGCUCAAGAGAACGAGGCAAACGAGGGUAUGUGCAAUUUCGAGAGCAAAUCGUCCGGGCCUAUGGAAGCCGAACAAAAUCCUAUCGUCUUUGCUUCAGACUUGCCUAGAAACCUAUUAGAUACCCCGCUACCGUCAACUAAGGAGAAUAACACCUCAUCUACACCUUAUCGUGAAAAAUCAAAGAGUCCGUCGAAUCCGAACGAUUGCGUUCUAUCAGCUCAAAAAGGAGCCUCUAGUUCAGACAAGAUACAGACAAAUACCAAAUUCCAAUCUCAUCCUCGAAUUCACGAUGACCACAUAGGACGUGCAACUCCCUUCCAGUCUCACAAGACAGUGCAUUCCACUGAUUCUACUGAAUCACGUGUAUCAGACAGUGAUGACGAGAUAGUUCAGAUAUUAAUCACAUCGGAGAUCAAGGAUACGAAGCCCUUAGUUGUUCAACGGCGAAUGUCACAGCGUUUUCGGGAUGUGCGGUUAGCAUGGUGUGGGCGACAAAAAUUUGACGAAAAGAUGACAUCGUCUGUGUACUUGACUUGGAACAAAAGAAGACUGUUUGAUGUUACAACGUGUAAAAGCCUUGGGUUGAGUGUCAGGCUAUCCCAUAUGCCUACUGAUUUGCAGUCUGAGGAUGAGUCAUCUUCUCAAAACGGAACAACACGCAUCCAUGUGGAAGCUGUGACAGAUGAACUGCUGAGGUCUCAGGCUGAAUCUGCAAAUCAUUCCCCGGAUGCUACUGACGUUGAGAAAGAGACUGUCUUCAAUAUUGUUUUGAGGAGUCAAAAUAAUCAAGAACUGUUGAUGAAGGUACGGGGUAGGACGAAAAUUUCGCAAGUUGUCAAGGAUUUUCGAGUUCGGGCAAAUGUGGCCCAGGAGAGGAGCAUACAUCUGUGCUUUGACGGGGAUAUAUUAGAUCCCGAGUCUCGUUUAGAAGAGCACGAUAUUACAGACCACGACCUAAUUGAGCCUCGCUGCCGAGCAUCGCAAUCAUCAUCCGCACUUCAUUUUCGAGACGCAGAGCUUGAGCAACAGGAAGUCGACUUCAAUCCAACUUUUGUCCAAAAUAUUCUACCUCGAUUAGACUGGGAACGCUUACGAGUGACAGCACAAGAGCUUGGGUUUCCAACCAUAUCAGACACGAAACCAGACGGUACCGACAUUGAUGAAACCACCCUUCGAGAUCUUCACCGUUUGCUUCUGGAAAUUCAAGUGGUUGAAGGAAAACUAUGCUGCGAAACGUGCGGUCAUGAAUAUGAGAUUAAAGAAGGUAUUGCAAACUUCUUGCUUCCAAGUCAUCUAGGUAUGGGCAGUUCCUUCCUCCCGAUCCAUUCCCUC